UUCAUUCUUCUUCCCUACUUCUCUCCAAAUUUCACCGCCAUCACCCGUGCGGCUGUGCAUAUGAUAUGAAAGCGAAACGCUCCUCGUCUUCUUCGCCCUUUUAGUUUUCCGUCUCCUUCUCUUGAAUCUCUGCCACCCACUUGCUGUUUCGUGAAGAGUCUUCAAAGAGAGAAUUUUGGGUUAAAGAUUGAUUUGUUACGGCUGUCUUUCUGUGCAAUUUCUCAUAAGUAUUGAUUUCCGUGCAAUUUGUUACCGACUCGGCCAUUCUUUUGGGUCCCGGAGUCGACUCGGCCCGAAUCUUCAGAGUCUAAAUGAGUUUCCACCGAUUCUACCGUCUCCGGAAUAUUGCGGACCUGUCGCGGAACGGAAGCUGAAAUUCUCGCGACGACUCGGCCGGGCCGACUGGGACAGGGACUCGGCCGAAUCUUUGAACCAAUGAAUCUUUGGAUUAUCAGACUUUUUAGAGAAUCAAAAGAGAUUGCACUUUAAGUCUUUCCGUCGUAUCAUUCAUCUGAUAUCAAGUCUCUCUGAAUGUGUUAAUUGAAGCAUCUAUGUUCUCCUUAUGGUUACUCUUCUAUUACCACCACAUCUGUUGCCGAACAAUUUUAGCUUAGCUGUCAGAUGCAACAGAGAAGCAUGGCAAGACAGUUAACUCAGAAGCAGUUGAUUCCGCAAGAUGAGAAUUUACAUUUUCUAAGGAAAGGGUCUGUUAAGGGUAAAUCAACUGGCUUCAAACUGGAAAAAAAGAAAAUUGGUACAGGGUUUGGGAAUCGUAAAGCCCUCGGUGACAUUACAAACAAGUCAUCUGUUCACCAUGAAGCAUCAUUGAAGAGAAAAAGUACACCAAAAGAAGAGCCUAACAUGUCAGAGGAGAUGUUUCUGCAUGAUCAUAACAAGUGCAUUGAAUCACAGAAGGCAGCCAUGAGAGCAUCUUUCUGGGACACGCUCUUGCCUGGAUGUGUUCCCCUCGAAACUCAGAAGAUGAAAUCUGCAAAGAGUGAAAUUGAUACAGACAGUGAAUGCUUUCAUCCAGAACCAGUAGAGAUCCCCAUGUCUGAUUACUCUGAUCUUUUUCAGAGUUCAACAUUUCCAUCCUUGCCUACUCAAAUAUGGUUGGACUCUCCACCCUUGUCUCCAUCUGAAUGGGAUCUCGGGCCAGUGGAAUUCAAGCUGAAAGAAGACAGUAGUGAUCCUUAAAUCUAGAGCAUGUUCAUGAUACUGUUCUCAAUUUCUCUAUCAGAAAGCAUCUUCUAGUGGGUAGAAUCAGAGAACUUUCUAUCUUCCUGUUCUUAGAUUCUAGGAAGCAGGUUUAUUUACAGCAGAUGAUGAAGGUCGAGCUGAAUGUGAACCAAUAUUGAAGUCGAAUUUUGAUUAGCAUGACGAUAGAAAGUUCAUUCAGGAUUCACACUUUUCAUUCUUUGUUUACGUUAGAGAAAAAUAGGUAAUGCUAUUGCUUCAAUGAAAAAUCUGUCAUGAUUUCACCGUC